UGUUUAGCCUUAUCGCUUUCUGUCACUCUUGUCACCGUGUUGAGUUUGUGUAUAUGACUAUCGGCCGACGGUGCGGCCGAUGACCAAAUUACAGUAAACUAAAUUGUGUCAAGCACAGGGUCUCAGAACUCUCAUCCGAGGACACUAUGUGGGUGUCAAUCGCAGAUGCGAAUGUCCACCACAAACCAAAUCUCUGCGUCUGUGAGUGAUGUGGAAGGAACACUAGGCGCGGUGUCUCCCGCACCAACCUUACAAGGUGAUCACGCAUCAAAAUCAGUCCAUCAUAUUCCAGAACAAAGUCAUUCUCAGAAGUCGUAUAACACUGGCGAUGGCGAGCUGCUAGCGACGACAAACAAUGCAGAUGUUUUGAUCGUUGACUGGGACGGCCCAGAUGACCCUCAAAAUCCUAAAAAUUGGAGCUAUAGACGCAAAUGGGCUGCUACAAUCAUCAUAUCAUCAUUUACUUUUAUCAGUCCAGUUUCGUCCUCUAUGAUUGCGCCUGCUACUGGCCAGGUGGCUUCUGCCUUCGGGAUCGACAAUGAUGUUAUGCUUGCACUCACAACAUCGAUCUUCGUGCUUGCAUACGCCAUGGGGCCGUUAUUUCUGGGUCCAUUGAGUGAGAUUUACGGACGGUCACGCGUUUUGCAAUUGGCAAAUUUAUGGUAUCUUGUAUGGAAUCUCGUCUGUGGUUUCGCACAGUCAGAAUCACAGCUUCUUGUUUUCCGAUUUCUUGCUGGUCUCGGAGGCAGCGCUCCUUUGUCGAUUGGCGGUGGAUUUCUUGGGGACUGCUGGGAGCCAGAUCAACGAGGAAGAGCUGUCGCCAUUUACUCCUUAGCUCCGCUAAUGGGCCCUGUCGUGGGACCUAUCACGGGCGCCUGGAUAGCUCAAUACUCGACCUGGAGAUGGGUGUUCUGGUCUACGUGCAUUGUGGAUGCAGUCAUUCAAAUCAUUGGAAUGUUUGCCCUUCAAGAGACUUACGCGCCUGUCUUAUUGGAAAGGAAGGCAGAGCGGAUUCGCAGAUCGAUGGAUGCCGAAAAAGCUCCGUACAGAGAAAUCCGUACCGUUUUCGAAGGUCAAGAUCGCUCUUGGCAGGCCAUAAUGGCCAAAUCACUCAGCCGCCCUUUUGUACUCUUUGCGCAUGAGCCGAUCGUGCAGCUUCUCGGCGUUUACAUGGCAUAUCUAUACGGAACACUUUAUCUAUUUUUGACGACGAUGCCAUCGAUCUUCCAGGGCACAUACCACCAGUCGGUAGGAAUCUCCGGCCUUCAUUACGCUGCACUUGGCAUAGGAUUGUCAGCGGCCUCUCAAUUAAAUGCGAGAACGAUGGACAAAGUUUACAUGUAUCUCAAGGGCAAGAACGGUGGAGUUGCGAAGCCGGAGUUCAGAUUGCGUUCGUCAUAUUGUCCUAACGCCUCCUUUCUUAAGUACUCAUUCAGUGUGCCAUCAGCUGCUAUGGUUCCCGGGUCUCUCUUACUUCCGAUUGGGUGCUUGAUUGUAGGCUGGACCUCUGAAGCUCAUACAUUUUGGAUAGCUCCAGAUAUUGGCAUUGCGCUUGUGGGAGCAGGCAUCAUUCUGAAUUUCCAGUGUAUCCAGACCUACAUCGUUGAUUGCUUUACGCUUCAUGCCGCUUCUGCUCUUGCCGCUAUCUCUUGUUUGCGGUCACUAGCAGGCUUUGGAUUUCCCUUGUUUGCUCCAGCAAUGUACAAAGCACUCGGGUUUGGAAAAGGCGAUACUAUUUUAGCAGUCGUGGCAAUCGUUGUCGGCUGUCCUGCACCCUGGAUAUUGUGGCGCUACGGGGAGCGGAUACGGAACAGCAGUCGACAUGCGCGGUGAAUUCGGUGAUGACAUCAUCGAUCACAAUCAGCAAC